UUUGCACUUGCGAAGCAGACCGUGGUACUGCUCUCUUUCACCCUUCCGGCCGGGGUAACCAUCACCAGGGUACUCAGACCAGUGGGUUUUGCCAAGGUGAGACAAGGUCUGAGUUACACAGCCAGGGCCCAUCUGUUUCUGCCGUGCCAAACUGCGAUUGCGAACAGAAGGGGUCUUUCGUUAAUCACGGGGGCUUUUCAGGCAAAGAGAACAGACGUCAGGGGAAGAUCGUCAUUAAGGCAAAGGAUGCUGCUCCUGCAAAUCCUCGGUGUGACCCUCCUGCUCCUGGCUCAGUCUGCCGGGGAACAGGGACGCUCCCUCGUUCCAGGCCAUCGCCGACACUCAUAUUCCGGGGAGUUCGGCUCGGCCUCAGGGACCCCGUUUUCCUACUCAGGGCCGGACCGAUGGGGCCCCAUCACGGCUUUACGGAUCUGGGAGCAUUGUAACAGCUACAUCAGUGGCAUCCAGCUCCAGUUCGGGGCGAGGUGGGGCGAGAUGUACGGGGCCAAGACCCAGGCGCAGCUCGAGGUGACCCUGCUCCCCGAUGAGCGGAUCACGCAGGUCUCGGGCAAACAGUACACCUACAUCUACCAGCUCAUCGUCUCCACCAACAAGGGGCGCAUCUUCUUCUUCGGCCAGCCGUAUGGCAACUCCUUCAACGCCAUCCCUCUGUCCUGCACCGAGUACCUGGCCUUCCUCACCGGGCACUACAGCGGGGGGUCCCUCACGGGCAUCGCCAUGCACUGGGCCGAACCGAGGAAGCAAGAGUGAGAACGCCCCGGCGGGAUCCCAGUGGCAGGGAGUUCCCCAGGCUAAGGGCAGCUUUUCUCCAUUUACCCUUCUUAGCUUGCAGUCCAGAGAUCAUGAAGCCAAUUCCUUACUAGAAGUAGCAGUUGAUGAGU